AUGAAAGCGACCACGGUGAGAGCGGAUACCAGACCGCAGAGCCCAGCCUGCAUCCACGCUACACACCUCAAACUCCUCAUCCGCAAAGCACCCACCCUAGACACAUCGAGGACCCCGCAUCCACCCGGGUCCUCGCCCCACACAGACCGCAGACCUCGCACUCAUACCUCACAUCUCCGCUCACCCGGCGCACACCAGCACACACCUCUCGCACACCGCACUCAUCUUACCCGCCCUGCAUCCACCCUGCAGACCCCGCACUCACCCUGCAUCCACCUCACACACCUGGCAGACUCAGGAGCCACGCCACAUACCUGGCACAUCCCAGACUCCACAUCCAUUCCACACACCCGGCACACACCACAGACCCCGCUCUCACCACGCACACACCCGCGCUCACCCCGCGCGCACAGCAGACUCCGUGUCCGCCGCGCCCGCUCACAGCGGAGCCGCAGCUCCUGCCGGAGGAGCCGCCCGCGUCCGCCCCGCCGGGCGGCGCCGGCGGGAAGAGGAGGCUACGCUGAGCUUCUCCGACCCGAGAUUCGCCGGGGGUUGCUCCAGCAGCAGAGGCCGCGGCCGCGAACUCCUCGCGACCCUGCACGGGCCCCGGAGCCCAGCGGCGCCCGCCCGAUCCCGGUCGCCUGCGCCGCGCGUUGCUGGCGACCCCAAGACCCCCGCCUCAGGCCAUGCCUCCGGCCUCGCCUGCUGCUCGCCGCUGCCUUUCUCUCCACUCACCGCUCGCCGCCAUCUUCCCCAACGCUGUUCUCGAUCGGAAACUCACAGCUCAGCCCCGGCCGCCGACACCGACUCCGCCGAGGCCGCCGCCGGCGCUCUGAGGAGCUGAGGCAGCCGCCGCUAAAGCCGCGGCGCGGGGGCCGCCGGGAUUUGUAGUCCCGCGGCCACGCCCAGCACUACGGGUCCCAGGGGGCCCUGCGCGAGGCAAGGGGCGUGGUCGCAAGGCCUGGGUUGCCACCAGCUUACCCAUCCCCUGGAGCUAAAGCGGGCGUCCAGCGUUCGAUUUCCCGUGUGCCUGUCUCCAUCCUGGAAUUCCUGACCUCUAUGGAGUGUUCAUUGUGCGCCAAGCACCGUUCCUCAAGACCAAUAGCUGAGGGGGCGUCAUCCUUACUUUUCAGACGAGCAAACUGAGGCCCGAGGAUUUCCCACCUGCACGAUGGCAGUUCCUGCUUCACUGUUCUGCAAGUGUCCACUCUUCACCCAUGGAGUUAGUCACACAGCAGCCAAGUCCCAAGCCGGGUCUGGUGAUGCACACCCUACGCGCAGGAAGCAAAGGCAGGCAGAUCUCAGUUCCAGGCCAUCCAGGGGUACAUAGGGAAAUCCUAUCUUAAAAUUCAUAAUAGAGGGGCUAGAGAGAUGGCUCACUGGUUAAGAGCACUGACUGCUCUUCCAGAGGUCCUGAGUUCAAAUCCCAGCAACCACAUGGUGGCUCACAACCAUCUGUAAUGAGAUCUGAUGCCCUCUUCUUGUGUGUCUGAAGACAGCUACAGUGUACUCAUAUACAAUAAAUAAAUAAAAUCUUUAAUAAA